CUCUACCGCUCUCUUUUCCUAGAAACCCAAAUUUGCACGCCCUCCCCAGCAGCGAGUACUUGCGCGACCUCGCGGACCCGGAGAUGGCGGCGGCGGCGGCGGCCGAUGAGGCGUGGUGCCGGGAGACUGUUCCCCGUGUGAUGGAGCUGGUGAGCCCGCGUCUUCCUCAGCGCGACGCCUGCGCCCUGCUGGCCGUCAGCCCCUGGUGCCACCGCGCCCUCGUCGCCAAUCCCAAGCUCUGGGAGGUACUUGAUCUGCAUGAGCUGAAGAAAGCUGGUGACCGACUUAUUUCAGCACUUUCACUGGCAAGGUAUUGUCAUCUCAAAGUAGUUAACCUUGAAUUUGCUCAAGAUAUUGAUGACCGGCAUUUCCUUCAUCUAAAAGAAAUGGGUGGUAUUGUACUAGAAGAGUUGGAAUUCAUGAACCUAAAUGCCUGUCAAAAAAUCUCUGACAAAGGAAUUGAAGCUGUUACCAGUCUUUGUCCAAAUCUUCGGGCCCUUUCUAUCUACUGGAUUGUUGGGCUGAAAGACGCAAGCAUUGGACACAUUGUGAAGAACUGCAAGCAGAUAAUGGACCUGAAUCUGAGUGGCUGUAAGAAUAUCUCAGAUAAAGGCAUGCAUCUAGUUGCUGAUAAUUAUCAAGGACUACGUAAGUUGGACAUAACCAGGUGCAUUAAAUUGACUGAUGAUGGAUUUCAAGAAGUGCUUCAGCAAUGCUCUGCUCUUGAAAGUUUGAACCUUUACGCCCUUUCGAGUUUAACCGACAAGGUUUAUACAAAGAUAGGAUAUUUAGCUAACCUUAUGUUUCUAGACUUAUGUGGGGCCCAGAAUCUAACUGACGACGGCCUUGCCUGUAUAUCAAGAUGCGGAGGUUUGAAAUACCUCAACUUGACUUGGUGUGUACGUGUUACUGAUGUUGGUGUAGUAGCUAUCGCAGAGGGCUGCCGGUCCCUUGAACUACUAAGUUUAUUUGGAAUACUUGGAGUAACUGAUGCCUGCCUGGAGGCUUUGUCAAAAUCUUGCUCAGAUGGUCUCACGACCCUUGAUGUAAAUGGCUGUACUGGUAUUAAGAGGAGGAGCCAGGAUGACCUGAUUCAGCUGUUCCCGCGCUUGUGUUGUUUCAAGGUGCACAGCUAGCCUUGGAAUUUUCUACAGUUCAUAUUUCCCCUAGUUGGCACUUAAAGCAUCACCGAAAAGUCUCAUUUUUGCCACCCGCUAAUUGCUUGUGUAUUAAUAUGAGAGAGUCACAUAACUUGUAUAAUGAUUUUGUAAUAUGCUUGAUAUGCCUCGUUACAUUGUUAUGAAGUUUGAAGUUGAAGAUGAUAUUCUUGUAAUUUCUACAGUCACGUCAUUGAGUUUUUAUAUCACAUA